GCUGAUAGAGACCGCGGAUUCAAACAUGGCAAACGUGCUGGAAAAUCAUUUGAUGCACAAAUAAUGUUCUAUUGAAGAUGAACGGUUCUCGAAGCGCCAAGCAUUUAAAACACCUACGAGCUGGCCGGGCCUGCCUCCAAAAUGAGAAAUAUGGCGAUGCUUUGGCUCAUUUUGUCUUUCUUGGAAAUGUCGCUCCCUCGUGGAAGCCCGAUAUGGAGUCUGACUUUCUGAUAGCUUUGUGCAAAUGGGUCGACGUUUUGCAAUCGCAUAAAGAAGUUGGUAAAAUAAUGACUUGUUUCCAGCAAGCUUUGCAGCUUUACCCAAACAACGAGACUCUGUUGACUAACAUCGGCGCGACCCUUCUCAAACUCGGUCUAACGGAUGAAGCAGCCUGCAUGUUCAGACGCGCAAUUCAGCUAAAUCCUUCAAGCACAAUUGCGAGAGAAGGCCUAGAGAGCGUAGCAAGUGCCCUUGUUGAGCGUUGGCACUUUCGCAUGUUAAACGACCGACAGCGCAAUCUUGCCUACAAGAAAGCUAUCAGUAAUGCUGUCUCUAAUGGCUGUGAUAUUGUGCUAGACAUUGGAAGCGGAUCAGGUAUACUGAGUAUGUUUGCUGUCCAGGCUGGGGCCAAAAAGGUCUACGCAUGUGAGAUGUCAAAGACAAUGUAUGAGCUAUCCAAAGAUGUAUUACUAGGCAAUCAGAUGGAAAGUUUUAUUGAGGUUAUACAUAAGAAGUCAACUGAUUUGCUCAUUGGCAAAGACUUACCAGGGAGGGUCUCGUUAGUAUGUACAGAAACGUUAGAUUGUGGGCUGUUAGGUGAGGGAAUCCUGAAGACGAUUUCUCAUGCAUGGGAGGCUCUGCUUCAGGAAAAGAAAAGCAUUACAUCAACGGAGCAACAGAUAGAUGGGGUUGUCAGGACUUCAGGUAUAUCUCCUAUGGUCAUACCUAGAGGUGCAAAACUGUAUGGUCAGGUCAUAGAGUCUUCAGACAUUAGACAUCAGAGCUAUUGUCGUCCAAAUGUUGCAGGCUUUAAUGUGAGAAUUGUAAAAGUUAUUGGUGGUGAGCAGCUAGAACAAGAAAACACUCACUUGGACCAAGAGGCUAUAGAACCCUACACCACAGAAUGCCUGGACUCACUGCAAGGGGGUUACAAGCCCCUCACUGAGCCAUUUGUUAUAACAGAAUAUGACUUUACUAAACCAAGUACACUGUGCUCAGAGCGCAAACCUCAAGUCAUAGUCCCAGUGUCUCAGCCAGGAAAUAUGGAUGCAAUUGCAGUGUGGUUUGACUUACACUUAGAUGAGACUACAACCAUAAGUACUGCACCAGGUAAAGGCUCUCUGUGCUGGGAACAAGCUGUGUUUCCUGUUUAUCCUCAUCAUUUGCCUGGGAAAAUGGUGGAGACAGAUAAUGAAUGGCUUGUAAGUGUUGAUAAGGGGCAGUCUAUUGUUAUCAAAGGUAGACUGAAUGAAGAGUUUGUAAGCCUUCAGUGCACCAGUAUUGAGCCUUCAAAUACCAGAAAAGGCAGUUGUGUUGGGGUAUUAAACUCAAGGGCUGAGGUCACAGCUAUGGAAAUCGAGGGAGGCGAGUCUCUGUUAGAUUCAAAUGUAAAGACCGAAGUGAUGGUUGAUCAGAGAGGUUGUCUAGCCAUUAUCCCCCCUCCUCUUAUGCUUAAAGCAAAUGAUGAUAUCUACCAUACAACAUGGCGAGAUGCCAUUGAUAGAUCAAUCAAAGAAAUUCUUAAGCAAGGAAAUGGGUGCAAAGUAGUCUGCCUGUCUCAUGGGGGACUCCAACUACAAGCUCUUGUUGCUGCGCGAGCUGGUGCAACAGAGAUCAUACUUCCUCAUUCUACUAACUGCCUUGCAACAAAGGCCAUUAGUGUUGCCAAUGGGAUCCCUGAUAAAGUAUUUUAUGGUGACAUGGAGCUAGAGGAUAUUGCAACAAGGGGCCAGUCAUGGGAUUUGCUACUAACUGAUCUAGUGGAGCCAUCUGGUGUGCUUCAGCCACAAGCUGUUGAAGAUAUUGUGUUCUCCAAAGGCUGCUUGCUAAGAAAAGAUAUGAGCAUGGUGAUCCCUAGUGUGAUAACUGUCUACUGCAUGUUCAUUGAGUCACCAGCUCUGAUGAACAUUUGCAAGGUUGUUAGUGAUGAGAACACUUUAGGGUUAAAGAUAACUGAUUACAUGAAUGCUUUUCAUGUUUCCACCCAAGUGAAUGUAGAGCUCUCAUCUCUGCCGUAUACACGACUCUCAGAGGAAUUCACUCUCUUCACUCUUGAUUUCAUGAAGCCAUCCCAGAAAGAUGAGGACUUACUUCAGAUGUUAGAGCUGAGUUCUAAACACAAGGUGAAGAUAACAAAUGAUGGAGUUAUCCAAGCUCUCCCGUAUUGGUUCAACAUGGCACUGGAUGGUUCCCACACAUUGUCCACAUAUAGCAGGGGUUACCCUGGCUCACACUGGCGACAAGCAGUGUGUGUCGUUACCAAACCAAUCAAAGUCUCUAAAGGUGAUGAGGUAGUUGUAGAGGUUAUGCUAAAAGGAAGCUGCAUAUCGCUUGUGGUAACCAAGCCCAGUGCUCAGUGAUACCACAAACAAGAAUUGACAUAUUUUUGUACAAGUUUAAUCAAAUAUUUGUAAAAAAAAAAACAUCACUUUUGCAUUUGCAUGGGAUUAUGAACCCAUAACCUCGAACCCAGGGGUACCCUGCUAACAGAGCUUUCUUCCGUUUUUUUUCUGCCGGUUCUCUUAUUAGUGUCUCGUUUGUAAAAUGAGAUCAGAAUAGAGACGCAACAUGGAUUAGUGAACUGAUAAAAAAUAAAAAAAAAACAGGAAGAAAGCUCUGCUAACAGGGUACCCCAGGUGUUACUCAGACUUGCUCACCAGGGAGGUCUUGCAUAUUUUCUGUAAUGAAAUCUCAACCAUAUAUUUUUUAUUUUUAUUAUUUUAUUAUAUAUGUAGAAGUUCAGUCACAUUGUUAUUUACUUGAUACUUGAGAAAGUUUAUUCAAACUAAAAAUCAGGUGGGUGGGGUGACAUUUUGAGGGAUUGAAAAUUUUUAGCAUGGGUACCGUGAAUGAUCUAAUAAACUCCUUAGUUCUGAAAAGCCUGCUUGCAGGCAGUACUCUGUGUUAUUAUUGCGAAAAACGCUCUCCGUUUGGUGAUCGGGGGCCAUCUUGUAUUUUAAGCUGCAUGGUUCCUGGGGCGAGCGCAAAAACGGACGCAGGGUAGGGGGGGAACCACAUGGCUUAAAAUACAAGAUGGCGCCUGAUCACUGAACGGAGAGGGUUUUCCGCGAUAAUAACACCAAGUACUGCAUGCAAGCAGGCUAGAAAAACCCCUAUCUUUAAUGAACCCUGCCCCUAAGCUUAAAAAUUUGUAAUGAACACCCUUCUCUAAUAAAUGCCCCCCAUACACUCCCUCCCAGCUUAAAAAAAGUGACAGGAAUUUCGGUAAUAUAAAUCAAAUUUAAUCUGAGUUUGGCUUCUACUGGGUGAUACUUAUGUCGAGAAACGCUUGCUAUGCAGGCUAUAAUAUAGGUGAUCCGAUUCAUAAAGAACGCCCCUUUCUAAUAAACGCCUCCUAUCUAUUGAACACCCCCCUUGGACCAUCGAAAUCAUUUACAUUAGGAGGGUGCUGCCAGACCCCACCCCUGCCAAUAGGUAUCCUAGUUUUUAUUUGGUGCCAUAUACACAGAUGUAUGCUACAGUCCCAAAAUUGCAGAUCAACCAAAGGCUGAGUAAAUGAGUUUGUUAAGCCAAAUUCUGAUAGUAAAUCAUGAAAUUCCCUAAA